UUCGGGAUGCUUGGGACGUCCCAACUCUGACGUUACACCAUUAAAGUUGACAUUUUAAAUGGUUAUGAUACUUCUUUUUAUAGAUCGAUGUUAAGGUAAGGGUUAUGGUUAAAGUAGGGGUUAGGGUUUAGAAUGUGGACGUCCCAAGGAUCCCGAACAGCACUAAACCUUUCGAAUCUGUCCUUGGCUUUACUUUCACUUUACUAGAAAUCAUGUCAGUACAAUUUCUGGUAAAGGACACCGAUAAUUUGCUGUUUUUGACGUCCAACUCAUCCAACCCACAGUCAUUGCAUUAAAAACAAAUCUAAACCCAGUGACGGUUUCGUAUGGCCUGUCUGAUCUUGGCAGCGUGAUAAAGUUCGAUAUUAAACAGCAGCAGGUCAGAGCAGCUGGGAUCAAAUCCUAUUUCCCUACAGCAGCAUCAGUGUGAAAGUACAAGUAUGAGUCACACAAGGACAAUGAGUUUGGAAGAGCAAAUCAGGGGCCUCUCACCAGUUGCAGCACAUGCCCUGGCAAGUGCUGAAAUUACAGAUGACAUUGAAAUUCAAGAGUUAACAAGAGGAGAUCUGAACGAACUUCUGCCAGGCGUUCAGCAUUUUAAACUUAGAAAGAAGAUCAGUGAACUUAUAAACAAAUCUAAACAGGACACAGCUAAACCUAUUGCUUUAGUUCUUAACAAGCUGAGGGAAUUCCUUCCGGUUGAUGUCAUGGAGAAUGCACUUGUUCCUGGGGGAGUGUUACAUGGCUACUUCCCUAUUCUUAGAGAUUUGGAGAAGCAGCUGGCCGAAGCCCUGCACUUCAUUCAGGCACACGUUGGUUUGCUCGAGAGCUACAUUGGAGAAGAGUCCAUGGAGGCUCAGAGCAGUGCUGCAUCUCCAUCAGUUGACUCUGCUACAGCAGGAAACCAGCCAUCAAAUGUUGAGGUCCAGAAAACAUCUGUUAAUGGCACCUCAGGACCAUCAGCCUUAUGUGCCGCUGACAGCCAGUCCAAACAAUGCAGAACAGAAGUGUCUGGUGCGCCGACCAGACAGACCUUCAAAGAAACUCAAGAUGAGACCUCAAUGUCACACUCUCAUACUUCAGGAGCACCUGAUUGGAGGCCCUCAUUUUGGUGGAAUUCUAGCACAUCUGAACCUCGAAAUGAGAAACAAGCAGUUAAAGUCCAUUCACGAGUCUGUGGAAAAACCCUGAACACUCACCUUGCACUCAUGAAACAAGUGGAUGAUCUGGCAGUAGGACUAAAGCGAGAGGAGACCAAACCAGAAGACUGCCAGGUCAUAAUAGCCUUCUGUCCUAUUACAUCUCGUGUGGGAACAGACAUUGAUGCCGCCAUGAGCAAAGUUCCAAGUAACAAAGAUGUCAUUCUAGUGGUGAUGAACCAUACUUUUGAUCACUGCUUUGUCACAAGCCAGAGAUCUGCAUCUCACUACAAAAACGUAGUGGAGGAAGUUAAUGUUCUCUUCCAUGACUCUUCGGGACUUCUGCAUUGUGAAACAAAUGAUAAAGCAGCGACUCUCAUACACAAGGCCUUACAGAAAUACAGCAGCACUACUUACACACGUUAAGUUUCCCCUGGUGGCAACACAAAGUAGUGUCUGAAGUUUAACACACAAACAUGAUUUAAAAACCUCAUUCUACCAUUCAAGGCAUUGGUAAUUCAUUCUAGUUUAGAAUAAAGCAUAUCAAUCUGUGUAGUCAACCAAAUUAAUGACUGUUGAUACUCAAGCAGGACUAAAUUAGAUGUCUCGCUGUAGAAAGGGAAUCUUUGCAGUGGAUGCCCUCUUAACACUACCAAUCAUGCGGGAUGCCUCAUAUUUGUGAAUUUCAGCUUUUCCUUCUUUUGGUAUUAGAAGCACUUAGUUGUUGGAUGUACUUUUAACAAAUGCUUGUCUAUGUCACUACUCAAUCAUUUGAGAUUGAAAAGUUGUAACUACAGUAUCAUUAAAUUUAUAAUGGUUUUGCUUA